CUGAGCUUUGUGUGGAAGAAGUGAUCUCAAUCAGGAGAUCAGGAGCUACCCUCAUUGCAACCACAUCACUCCACUUCCACUUCAGAUAUUUCUCAUCUCUAAGUGGGGAAACAAAUAUGCCACUUACUCUAAGUAAAAGAAAAAAUGAUCAGGAGGACAAGUUUGAAGAUGCCUGUGAAAGUAUCCCUAUGGCAACAAAAAUGAAUCUACUAUCUUCCUUGGAAGAAUGCACCACUGGAUUGUAUUUAUUUCUAAAUAACAGAUUCUCAGAUGCAAUAAAUCUCAUUCAUCCAUGGUCUAAAAACAGCAUGUACCAUUCCCUAAUGUAUAGUUUCUUUAUGGUUGUCAAGGCCAUCCUGACUUUUGAGCCACAGGAUUUACAGAUUGGAAUGAUAGCUGCAAAGGACGCUUUGAACACCUGUAACAAUUUCCGAAAAAAAACUAAAAUGACAUUGUCUCAUCUAGUAAGUAAACAGGAAAUAACAGCUAUCACAGAAGAGGAAUUGCAUGCAGAAGUCUGUUAUGCUGAGUGUUUGAUCUUGAAAUCCUUCAUAUCAUUUAUACAAGAUGAGAGCAUGCUUGCUUUCCUUAAAAGCGGGAUCAGUUUUGGGUCAAGUUACCAAAUAUACAAAGACUGUCAACAGGUAUUAACACAGAUACCUGACAACCAAAGCAAAACCCACAAACACCUGGUUGGAGGUGUAAAAUUUGGACUUGGAGCAUUCAAUUUGAUGUUAUCACUUGUGCCACCAAGGACACUUAAACUACUCAAUAUUAUUGGAUAUUCUGGUGAUAGAGAAGUGGGCUUGUCUUUGCUUCAUGAGAGUGCAUCUGAAACUCACAUAAAUAAUAUCAUAAGUCUUUUGACUCUACUCUUUUAUUACAAUUAUGUCUAUGUAACUUUUGGUGUUGAAAAGAUUUCCAAUUCUACAGAAGAUCUCUUCCUAGUAUACCUCCAGAAAUUUCCAAACUGUGUCAUAUUUAAAUUUUUUCAUGCACGUUCUAGUAUGUUGAAAGGAGAUUUUGAAAAUGCACAGCUAAAAUUACAGGAGUGCAUUUUUACUCAGAAUGAAUGGAAGCAGUUUCAUCACCUCUGUUACUGGGAAUUCAUGUGGUGCCACAUUUUAUGGCAGGAUUGGAGGCAAGCUUACCACUAUGCCAAUCUACUGUCUCAACAAAGCAGGUGGUCCAAGGCAAUCUACAUGUACAGUAAAGCUAUCAUCCUGGCUUUGCUUCCUUCUGAUUUUGUGAAAUCAGUAAGUGAGGAUAUAAACUCUCUCUUCUUAAAAGUGGAAGGCCUGAGAAUCAAAUUUUUAGGCGGUUCUGUGCCAAUAGAAAAGUUUGUUGCGGAGAAGGGUCAGCGCUAUGGCACUACAACAGGCUGGUUUACAGCCCAACCCCUUCUGGAGUUCAUUUAUGCCUGGAGUGGUUUCCGAGUCAUGAGCAAAAAAGUUGAGCUUAUUUCAAGCUGGCUAUCAAUAAUUGACAGAGGAGAAGAUCUUUUACAAGAAAAUCCACAUAAAGAGUAUGGCACAGAUGACAUAAGUUUAUUAAAUUUACUGAAAGGUCUAUGCCUGAAAUACUUAGGCAAAUACGAAAAGGCUGAGUAUUACUUUCAUCGUGUCAUUCAAAAGGAGAAAUUGUUGAAAUAUGACCACUAUUUGGUGCCAUAUACUUAUUAUGAACUGGGAAUCUUACACUAUCUAAAAGGAGACUAUGCCAGUGCAACGAAAAACCUACACAAAGUAAGAAAUUACAAAGACUAUUCCAUGGAAGCCCGAUUACAGUUUAGGACUCACAUAGCCCUUCAACAAAUAGCUAAAGAAAAAUGA